AUGACCAGUACAAAUGCAUUCGUCGAUCCUCUCGACUUGAUUCUCGGAAAAGGCUUUCAGGAGGAGCAAAAGAAAGUAAUUGAAAAUGCAUGCGAAGUAUGCAAACAAGCGACAUCAAAGUAUAAAUGUCCCGGAUGCCUUAUGUGUACAUGUUCCAUGACAUGUUGCAAAAAACAUAAAGAAAUGAAGAACUGUACAGGAAUUAGAUCCAAGGUUGAUUAUGUUCCAUUAAAGAAAUACGGAGAUAAGGAGCUAUUAUGUGAUUACUAUUUUCUUGAAGACGUAGGUAGAGUUUUAGAUACGGCAAAGCGCACUCGCUUCCAAUUGAACAUGCCAACCACACCUCAAACUCGGACGUCUCAUAUCCGAUCUAGAGGUAAUUUCAAGGACUAUACUGUAAACCAUGAAGACUCCAAUCCUCGCAAUGUCCGCUAG